AUGCCACCACAGACCAUUCCACCAUUCAGACUAUACGGAGGGGAUGACUAUCAAAUUGUUGGUGAUGCAUCCCGAUUCGAGCACAGCAAUGAGUAUAAACUACCACGAUUACGACGAUCUAGAAAUACAACACCCACCAAUUCUGAAUUCACCGAGGUUGACUCAUCGAUGGCAGUAUCAAGAGCAUCAUCCGCUAAGCUAACACUUGAUGGGAUUAUCCCGUUUUACGCAUCACAGGGAAGUGGUUACAAUAAUGAACUGGACUCAUACUAUAGAUCUUUACGACUGAACCAGUUUACUCAAGAUGAUAAUGACCCAAGUCUCGGCAAAACAGUGUCGGUACGACGACAACAGGUAUCUAUUGGGGUACAAGCACCACAGGACAAUUUACUGCUUCCCCCACUCGUUCCACCAAAGGAUACACUCACAAGAACCAAGUCCCAACGUGAGUUUAUUCCAUAUCCUCCAUCAAUACCUGACACUAGUAAUGCACCUCCGUACAGUAACAAUAUGCUACCCCCAUUACCUCAACCACUGGAGAAAUUAUAUGCCAAGGUUACGACACAGUUUGAUAACAGUGGAGACAUUGAUAGUGUAAUCUCACGACAAAAAGUUUUGGAACACGAUUUGAUCAAGCAAGUGAUGAAUCAGCCGUUGAUUUCAAUCAGAGCAGACAAAUUGGGGGAUCGGUACUAUGGAAGGAAGAUAAACAUUACGAUGAACUUGAUGUUGUACUUGUUUGAAAUCUGUUUGAGUAUAAUUGAAAUCGUUCUCGCAUCGGUGUUGCUUCAGUGUGAUACUGCAAUAAAUAUCCAUGUUUACCGGUACCUUAUAGCUGAUGGAACAAUUACAAUCAUUGUUGCAAUUUUGUUCUCACUACAUAUUGUCACUUAUGAGAAGCGGAAUGGUAGUUUUUACUGUACUGCAGCUGUUGUAUUCAAAUUGAUUUCAUUUAUCAUGAUAGUGUCGUACAUUCUACCCAAUAAUCAGUCUCAACCACAACACGUAUGGCAAGUCAGAAGAGCGUUGGGAGCAUUUAUCAUAAUUUCCACUUUUAUUUGGAUUUCCAAUUUGAUCAUGUUCUUAACUACACUUUACAUUUCCAGGUUAAAUUUGCUUGAAGAUUUGAAUUUUGAUUUCGAUAAAAGAGGAUUGAAUGAGGAGUUUAAUACGGGGCUCAACGUGGAGAGGGAGUGGGAUGUUGCUAAUGAAGAUUUGAUGAAGUUUUAUUUGAACGAGAAUGGUGAAAUGUAUGCAUUACAUAACGCAGAAGAAAUCGAAAAGUACAAGGAUAACAACAAGAUACUCGUUUACACGUUUUGA